AUGAUGCCCCUGGAUCUCCGGCGGACCAGCGAGCCACCGGCCCAACCGCAUCUAGAUCGCCGGCCACGCCGGGCCGCCGCCACCCCCGCGCCGUCCAGGUCGGAGAGGGAGCCACCGACCGCGCACAGGGGCUGCCACUGCCUGCACACGCCAGAGUACCGCUGCGAGCCCAGCGCCCGCCACUACCUGCCGAGGCCCGCCGCCGCGCGCCCCACGCCCCGCCACCACUCGCCGACUGCCGAGCAGGAAUACCGCCAAGCUCCGAGCAACCGCCACGGCAUACGGUCGCCGCGAGAACCGGCCGCCGCCCCCAGCCGCAGCGGCCAGCCUCCAGCAGCGUUGAAGGCGACCCCGGCACGCGAGUUUCCGGGUUCUAACCAUAGCCUUCCGCCACCGCCGUCGCCGCUGCGCGCCUGCUCCGUGCCGCCGCCGCCACCUAGCCGCCGCCGCCUGCACGCCUCCCGCGCCUGCCGCCGCCUAGAGACGCCGCCGUUCGCGCCCCCCUGCGCCGGCCGCUGCUUCUCCUGUUGGGGAACACACCGCGCCCGCUUCCCAACACUACCCGCAUCGCCCGCCCGCCUCGCUCGCCUGCUCGCCAGCCUUGUUCGCUUCCGCCUCUGUCUGCAAUUGCAUCAACCCGAUCGAACCAGCGAUGGCGUCAACCGGCCCGUCCACCGCCGCCUCUGCCGUCCCGCUGCCGGCGCCCUCUGGCGCGGCUUGGCCGCCGGCGCGUCUGGUGUCGCCCCGCCAGCUCGCCCCGACUUGCCGCACUGCUCGGCUCCGUUGCCCCCGCUGGUGUACAUCGCCGCCCCACCGCCGGUGCCCUCCGGACAGUCCAUUGCUGCCCCGCCGCCGGCGCCCUCCGGCGCCCCCCCGCCGUACUGGACUCUGCCCGUCGACCCCGUGCGACGUACCUCCCGCCGCCCCGUCGCCGCCGGCCACCGCCAGCCCUCCAGUGACCCUGUCAGGUGGACGGCCCCGCUCGAUUCUUGGACCGCCUCCGGGCUUCAGCGGUCCUCCCGCCGUGGGACGAGCUACGACUCGCGCCCCCACGACGUCCUCGCCGACUCCGUCAGGGGCCUCGGCAUCGCCCUCCUCGCCGGCAUCUUCGCCGGCCUCUUCACCGGCCACCCCGUCGCAGGGGGCCAUCAACUGAUUGCAGGUCUGAGGCAAACUACACCACAAGUAAUUAGCUUCUUGCUUACCCUUCGGUCCUGA